AUGUCGAAAUGCCAAGUCGAAAUUAAAUGCUUGUCGGAUGUGGUACAGGUGGGAGAAACGUUUGACUGUAUCGUAAAAAUCACCAAUUCGAAAACAGCGCAGAGUGCAUUGCAACUGCUGCUGUGUUAUGCGUCCAUACAUGGAGAGAUGUAUUUGGAUCCUACGUUGGUGCGUGUAUCGGAAUUUGAAAAUGUACAACGCCAAGGAUUACUGAACAAGCGGACCAUGAGUGGUUUAGUGCAUAUCCCAAAAGCGUCUACGGGUCAUUCAGUUUCGAAUGCGCUUAGCGGAAUGUUUGGAACCUUGCUAGGAUUGAACCAAGCUAGCACGUUGAGUGAAGCUUCGGAACAACAAGAAGAGAAUGCGACACCUGUGUACAUGACUCGUCCGGACAUUUUAGGAGUGGACAUGGUAUUAGCACCUGGGGAAAGCAAAUGGUUCCGUAUGCAAAGGAAGAUUCCACUAAAGACGGUUCCAUCGUACAAAGGAGUGGCCUUUGAGUUUCAGCACAAAUUAGUGGUGGGAGCACAGUUCCCGGACAAUAAUGCGUGUGUGGAAUACGAAUUUGGACUCAACUUUUUACCAAACAGCAAGCAAAGGCCGGAUUUACCGCUAGGAAAGUUUAGCCAGGUACCUGUUGCGGGUCCGGACGUGUUUGCCGACGUGCAUAAACCGAUCUUUGACUUUGAGCCCGCCAAAGUGAAGGAGCAAAUAGACGAGACUUGGAUGCAGGAGGAGCGGGACGAUUCCGGAAAUGGAAAAAAGAAAUUAGAGCAAUUCUUAGCUACGUUAAUGAACGUGGAGGGAAGCGCAUACGCAGGAGAAGGAGAAGACGAGCGGGAGAAGAAGGGGAAAGAGGAAGCAGAAAGCAAGGAAGAGGAGAGAGAAGAAGAAAAAGAGAAGGAAAGGUCGGGCUUGUUGAGAAGAAAAGAAACGCCUGGACGGAUGACGACAAGAUAUGAAAUAGCGAAUCAACAAAAGCUAGUGUGUCGAAUUUUGUUCAACAAGUCAAAGUAUGUAGCGGGAGAAAUGAUGCUAUUGGAAGUGAAUGAGAUGGGAGGAGCGAUUCGACAAUUGCAUGUACAGUUGGAAAGUGUAGAGCGAAUUGUACCGAAGAUUCGCAUGCGGAACAGCACAAACACAGAAAGAGUGACGCGAAGGAUAUGGACGAAAUUGACGCGGUGCGUGUACGGAUUAGACAACUUUAGUUGCACGAUGAGCAUUCCGGAAGAAUGUCCGACGACAUUUGAGACACAGCAAUUUGGGGUGGAACAUUUUCUGCGGAUCGAAUUUUUGCGCGAUACGAGUGAGCGAGAAAGAUUCGUGAGGACGAGUCCCCGAGAUUCCAAGGAGACGAUGGAGAAGGAUUCGGAAAGUAUUUCGACCCAAAAGAGGAAUGGAUUGCACGAGGAAGAUCCAGAGAAGGAAAGAGGAGAGCAAGAAAGGAAAGGGCAAACUAGAUCGUCUGCAGAGGCAUCUACAAAAACGUCUACAGAGAGUGGACAUCAUAGUACGGCUUCAAUUACGAAUGCUCGUGAGAUGAGAAUUGAGCAUGCGCCUGCUGUAUUUCCAGCCGAGACGAUUCAAUGCUGUUUGCCUGCUCGAAUUGAGCAUUGCUUUUUGUAG